AUGGCCUUGGGUUUAAGGUGCUUCCGCUUGGUCCAUCCUGCCUUUUGCAGUUCUCUUGCAGCCUUGACCAGACCUGUUUCGGAAGUUAUGCUGAAGACAGUGAGUGGAAGACAGUUUGACCACGGGCAAUAUGUGGCCUGUGCAGCUGUACCAACCCGUCAUUUUGCUACCAAGAAAGCCAAAGCCAAAGGAAAAGGACAGUCCCAAACCAGAGUGAAUCUUAACACUGCCUUGGUGGAGGAUAUAAUCAACUUGGAAGAGGUGGAAGAAGAAAUGAAGUCUGUGAUGGAAGCACUCAAGGAUAAUUUCAAUAAGACUGUCAAUAUAAGGACCUCACCAGGAUCCCUUGAUCAUAUCACUGUGGUAACUGCUGAUGGGAAGCUUGCUUUAAACCAGAUUGGCCAGAUCUCCAUGAAGUCGCCACAGCUGAUCUUGGUGAAUAUGGCCAGCUUCCCAGAGUGUACAGCUGCAGCUAUCAAGGCUAUAAGAGAAAGUGGAAUGAAUCUGAACCCAGAAGUGGAAGGGACGCUAAUUCGGGUACCCAUUCCCAAAGUAACCAGGGAGCACAGGGAAAUGCUGGCGAAACUUGCCAAACAGAACACCAACAAGGCCAAAGACUCUUUACGGAAGGUUCGUACCAACGCAAUGAAUAAGCUGAAGAAAUCAAAGGACAAGACCUCGGAGGACACCAUUCGACUCAUAGAAAAGCAGAUCAGCCAGAUGGCCGACGACACCGUUGCAGAGCUGGACAAGCAUCUGGCAGUGAAGACCAAAGAACUCCUCGGAUGA